AUGACCUCUCCGUCGCUCCUGUACACAGUGCCACCCCAUCUUCCGCUGGCUCCGGGAGGUUGCUGCUCCUCCUUUCUGCCAGCACCCUCAACUCAACUCACGCCUUUCUGCGCCGUCCCUGCAAUGGAUCACCUGGCAGGUAAAGGGGGCUGGUCUGCAAAACGGGGCUGUCGGGCGGUUGAAUUGUGCUUGGAAACGUCCUGGGAGCCAAUGUAGGUCUUUCAAGACCGGUGUUAUGUGGUCUCAUCGGCCGCUCCCAGUCCCCAGUCUGGCUGCCGCAUUCUGGAUUAGUUGCAGUUUCCGCGUCACCUUCAAAGGCAGCCCCACGGAGAGCGCAUGCCAGUAGUCUAAGGGGGAGAUAACCAGAGCAUGCACCACUCUGGAGAAACUGUGCGCAUGCAGGUAGGGUCUCAUCCUGCGUACCAGAUGGAGUUGCCCUGGACACAGAAUUGACCUGCGCCUCCAUGGACGGCUGUGAGUCCAAAAUGACCCCCAGGCUGCACACCUGCUCCUUCAGGGGCACAGUUGCCCCAUUCAGGACCAGGGAGUCCCCCAUAUCCGCGGGCCAGAUUGAGAAGGCGAUUGGGCCGCUUCCGGACCCCGGUCCUUCGUUUGCCUACCCACGCCUUAGCUUAAUACUAGACCGACCAGGUUUUCCCAUGACGGUCCAGCCUUUCCUUUCCUUCCCUCUCGUUCCACUCCUUCCUCCACAAAUAAUAAUAAUAAAAGCCUUUUGCACGUGCACAGAAAUCUUCCUGGACCUGCACUACGGCCUACCGCAGAGGCGCCGACGGAGCCGGACCGUCUUCACGGCGCAGCAGAGAGAGGCUUUGGAGAACGCCUUUGAGCGGACCCAUUACCCAGACAUGGGCACCCGGGAGAGGCUGUCCGCCUUCGCCAACCUGCCCGAGGCUCGCGUGCAGGUAAUUUCGGGGGCGCACCCUCCGUGCGGAAAUUCGGCUAGCUUUCCCCAGCACCCGUUGAUUUGCUGCAGCAGAGACAGGCGUUUCUCAAGCCUGCCUCUGGGGCAGACCCGCGUUGUCUGGGUUGCUGGCGGUGAAAUAUUUCAAAAGGGAACAGUUAGGGCCAGAGGCGUCAACUUGCAAGGGUGAUGGAGGAUGGGACCAACGCUGCACACAUGACCUUAUGAUGUCCCGGUUUUUUCUCCUUCAUAUAAUCCUUUUUAUCAAAGGUAAAGGUAAAGGGACCCCUGACCAUUAGGUCCAGUCGUGGCCGACUCUGGGGUUGCGGCGCUCAUCUCGCUUUACUGGCCGAGGGAGCCGGCGUCCAGCUUCUGGGUCAUGUGGCCAGCAGGACUAAGCCGCUUCUGGCGAACCAGAGCAGCGCAUGGAAAAGCCGUUUACCUUCCCGCCAGAGCAGUACCUAUUUAUCUACUUGCACUGCCGUCCCCUUCUCCUUGUGCCCUCCAUCUUUCCCAGCAUCAGGGUCUUUUCCAGGGAGUCUUCUCUUCUCAUGAGGUGGCCAAAGUCUUGGAGCCUCAGCUUCAGGAUCUGUCCUUCCAGUGAGCACUCACGGCUGAUUUCCUUCCGAAUGGAGAGGUCUGAUCUUCUUGCAGUCCAUGGGACUCUCAAGAGUCUCCUCCAGCACCAGAAUUCAAAAGCAUCCAUUCUUCGGCGAUCAGCCUUCUUGAUGGUCCAGCUCUCACUUCCAUACAUCACUGCUGGGAAAACCAUAGCUUUAACUAUAGGUAUAAAAGAUACCUAUUAGGUCCAUCAAUUACCAUAUAGCAUAUAUCCAACACAAAAAACAGCAACAAUUUGUUGUUGACAAAGGACAGCUGGACAUAGAAAGGGCCCCAUUACCUUCAGGAGCUGAGGGCCUCAUCCAGCCCUGUCUGGGAUUAUGAUUGAAAUUACGAUGUCCCUAUUUUCAUUGCAGAAAUGUUGGAGGGUACGUGCAACCCGUUCGCUUGGGAGCAGGCUGUCUUGCAAAAGAGCCCUGAUAUUUUGGCAGGGGUCAAACCCUGACCUUUUCCCGUCCCUGUAAUUUACCAGGAUGAUAGGUUUGGGACCUUAUCAUCGUUCCCUUCAAAAGUCAACCUCCCAGUUUAUGAUAGGGGCAUUCCUGCAGAUAAUUGUACGUCUUGGCUGGCACUUUCAUUUAGCACAGUACCACCUCUCAAUUUUCCAUUUGCCUCCCACACACCCAAACCUCCCCCCCCCCCCGCACCAGCAAGAGAGGAUUAUUCCACUGGCCAUACUGGUUUAUACUUUGGUAUUCUCCUGGGACAAAGCUAGGAAGGACCUGGACUUCUCUGCUUAAAAUGUUGGCACAUAGGUGGCCCAUCAGGGAGGUGGCUGCAGUCUGCGCCAUUUUUCCCUGAGCUGCUCGCUUUCUGCAAGACGGGGAGGGCUGCUGGUUUGUGCAUUUAAGCACACUAUCCCCCACACCAAAUGAACACUCCCUGAGAGGACUGGGCCGUCUCUCUCCUCUCCUUCCUCUUCCUCUGUCAAUAAUAAUAAUAAUAAUAAUAAAUUUAUUAUUUAUACCCUGACCAUCUGGCUGGGUUUCCCCAGCCACUCUGGGCAUCUUCCAGCAAAAUACAGUGGUACCUUGGGUUAAGUACUUAAUUUGUUCCGGAGUUCCGUUCUUAACCUGAAACUGUUCUUAACCUGAAGCACCACUUUAGCUCAUGGGGCCUCCUGCUGCUGCCGCGCCGCCGGAGCACAAUUUCUGUUCUCAUCCUGAAGCAAAGUUCUUAACCCGAGGUACUAUUUCUGGGUUAGCGGAGUCUGUAACCUGAAGCGUAUGUAACCUGAGGUAGCACUGUAUUAAAAUACAAUAAUUCAUCAAAUAUUAAAAGCUUCCCUAAACAGGGCUGCCUUCAGAUGUCUUCUAAAAGUCAGAUGGUUGUUUAUCUCCAUGGCAUCUGAUGGGAGGGCGUUCCACAGGGCAGGCACCACCACCGAGAAGGCCCUCUGCCUGGUUCCCUGUAGCCUCACUUCUCGUAUGGAGGGAACCACCGAAAGAUCCUCAGGAGAUGGACUGGACGAUGGGGGUGGAGACGCUCCUUCAGGUCUACUGGGCCGUUUAGGGCUUUAAAGGUCAGCACCAACACUUUGAAUUGUGCUUGGAAACGUACUGGGAGCCAAUGGAGGUCUUUCAAGACCGGUGUUAUAUUGUCUCAGCAGCCGCUCCCAGUCCCCAGUCUAGCUGCCGCAUUCUGGAUUAAUUGCAGUUUCCGGGUCACCUUCCAAGGUAGCCCCACAGAGAGCGCAUGGCAGGAGUCCAAGCGGGAGAUAACCAGAGCAUGCACCACUCUGGCCAGACAGUCUGCAGGCAGGGAGGGUCUCAUCCUGCAUCCCAGAUGGAGCUGCCCUGGACACAGAACUGACCUGCGCCUCCAUGGACAGCUGUGAGUCCAGAAUGACUCCCAGGCUGCGCACCUGGUCCUUCAGGGGCACAGUUACCUCAUUCAGGACCAAGGAGUCCCCAAUACCUGCCCUCCCCCUGUCCUCUAGUAGGCCAAUGUAACACUCAUUCUUCCCCCCAGGUGUGGUUCAAAAACCGACGGGCCAAAUUCCGCAAGAGCCAGCACGAACCGCGGAAGAAGCCCCCCAGGACCGAUCACCCCCCUGGCAUCCUUGCGGGAGGAAGAGGAGCGACCGAGACGGACCGGCACCAUUUGCAAGUGCCUCGGAUGUGGACCACGUCACAGAGCGCCGUGCCAGGGAAGAAACAGCUUGUCGCCGCCGUAGCUGAGGACCACACGGACACUGCUCCGAGGCCUCUCCUGGCGGGUGCCCAAGCAGUUUCUGGAGCUGCCCCCCUGGACCCCACACCCGUGCAAAGAGAGACCAGGAGGAGGCCGGAUUUGGGACUGUGGUGUGGGUCUGCAUUGCCCUUGCACACUUAUUGGCUGAGCACGUAG